CUGAGUGUUCGAGGGAAGAACAAGAAGGAGAAGCUGGAGGAUUUCUUUAAGAACGUGGUGAAGUCGGCUGACGGCGUCCUGGUGGCCGGCGUCAAGGACGUGGACGACUUCUUCGAGCACGAGAAGACGUUCCUGUUAGAAUACCACAACAGAGUGAAGGACGCCUCGGCCAAAUCUGACCGAAUGAUCCGUUCGCACAAAAACGCUGCAGAUGACAUCAACAGAAUCGCCUCGUCUCUCUACACGUUAGGAACGCAGGACUCCACAGACCUCUGCAAGUUCUUCCUGAAAGUGUCAGAGCUCUUUGAGAAAACCCGGAAAAUCGAGGCUCGCGUGGCUGCGGAUGAAGACCUGAAGCUGGCUGACCUGCUGAAAUAUUACCUGAGAGAGUCGCAGGCUGCAAAGGACCUGCUGUACCGGAGGAGUCGCGCUCUGGUUGACUACGAGAAUGCUAACAAGGCUCUGGAUAAAGCUCGGGCCAAAAACAGAGACGUCCUGCAGGCCGAGACCAGCCAGCAGCUCUGCUGCCACAAGUUCGAGAAGAUCUCCGAGUCCGCCAAGCAAGAGCUCAUCGACUUCAAGACGAGACGAGUCGCAGCUUUCAGGAAGAACCUGGUGGAGCUGGCAGAGCUGGAGCUCAAACACGCCAAGGGGAACCUCCAGCUGCUGCAGAGCUGUCUUGGCGUCCUGAAAGGUAACACUUAAAUGCGCAGCCUCACUCACAUCCAGCUGGACACGCCCACUGUGGGCGGAGCCCCGACAGACGGCCAAACGACACUGAGAAUUCUGGACCAGGCAGAGACAGGAAGUCUGUCUUCACUAAAGACACCGUCCUCUUCAUCUUCUUCAUCCUCCUCCCCCUCUGCCAACCCCCCUCGCGAUCCAGCGGACUGGACUGGUUUCACUGGCUCUGCUGGUUCUGCUGGUCCAGUAUAGGAGCUGAGCAGCUGUGCUGGUUGUUGGUGGUCCUGGUCCAGUAAAACCAGUGAGUUCAGUCUCUCUCUCUGAGUGACUCUCACAUCAAACUUUAUCGAACACUUGAUUCGCGUCAAACAAACUGAAACAAUCUGAUCAAUUUUAAUCAAUCAGUCAGUGAGUGACACACACACACACACAAACACACACACA